CAUCGAUGGCUCGCCAAAAUAUCUAAAUGGCAGCCAAUCGUUCCUCCGCCAAUCGAGUUGCUGAAGGAGUGCAAUAAAUAUGAAUUAAAUGGCAGUGGCCCACAGUGAGGCAGCAAUCGCAGCAGCAGCAGCAGCGGAUGCAGCAGCAGCACUUGAACAUUAGCAGCCAUCGAAGCUCGGAGGAGUUGCCCACUUUCCCCAUCCCCGGAGAUCCCAGUUGCUGGUAACAGCCAUGAACUCCAAUUCUUGCAGCGACAGCAGCAACGAGUCCAUGGUCAAUCCGGCCCACAUUCAGAUGAACUUUGGCCAGCAGCAAUUGCAAUCGCAGUCGCAAUCGCAAUCGCAGAUACAACAACAGCCAUUAGCAAUUCAAGGACAACAGCAGCAGGAGCGAUAUGUGUGGGAAAUGCGCACCCGUAGUCCAAAUGUGACGCCAGCCAGCACGGUGCUCAAUUCGCCGGAUCUCAAUGCCGAGCUAUCUUACGUACCGCUGCAGGGUCUUUCGCCAACCGAUGGCGGCGGUCAAGUGCCCAGCGGUUAUGGUUCGAAUGCUGGGCGGGAUUCCAGUGGAUACUACUACCAGCGACCGCAUUUGCAUCAAAUCCGGUUGGGCAGAAGUCCGGGCAGUCAGUUUGAGUCACGGGAUGUCCUGCCGCAGGGUUUAGCAAGUCCCGGCUCGCCAACGGAUGUGGGCAAGGCAGAUGGUCAGUGCCUGCGGGAUGGCGAAAUUGUGGUCUUCGACGACAUCGACACCAAUUGGAUGAAUAAGGCUUCGAGUGGCCAGAGACCGGGCAGCAAUGAGGAUGUCCUCAAGGUGACCAAAAUGAUUGGCCAACUGCCGAUAGCCGAAUAUGAGGGCUCGCCGCGACGAUUCGGAAGUCAACCGAACUCCAAUUCGACUUCGAAUACGAUCACCUUGGGUGGUCCACGAAAACGUCCGCCGGGCUUUCCGCAAAGGGUUUCACCCACGACCAGUGGUGGUAAUACGAAUUCAACUACCUCGGCCAAAGCAUCCGUGGGCAACCUCAUCGAUUUGAUCGACCACGAGGAGGAGCGGUCACGCGAGAAGACGCCAACCUUCGAUUACCUGUACGAAUUCUCAGAGACGCGAAAGGUGCUGGAGGAGUUCUUCAAAGCGAAUCCGGAGGAUGAGAAGCGGUAUACGGACUGCACUACGGAAAGCGGCGACGAUGGGGCCAGUUCGCAGCAACAGGAGUACCCAGCCACACCCUUGGAGCAGGCUUAUAUUGGCCAGCGACUGGCGAGAAUACCCAAAGAUGAGCUCUACAUGGUGCACCGCUCGCCCGUAAGAAAGCUACCAAGUGACCAAAAUCCGGUGACGGCCUACCAGGAGCACAAUGACAUCGAGUUGUAUAUCGAUUCGAAUAGUCGCAGUAGCGGCGAUUUAGCGGACACGGAACUGGAGGCCAAUUUGCGUCGGCACUCGCGGAACUUCACUCUUUCGCCGGAGACGACGGACUACGAUUCGAAUUGCGGCGAUCUGGAUAGCUUGUCCAACGAUAUCAACUGCCCCACGGAUUAUGGUAAACUGUAUACGAGCAUGCCUGUCUUGGAAGAUGGCCUAAGCAGCGGCCAUGCGUCCGAUACGGAGAACAAUGUAUCCGUGGUCUGUGACAAGCAGCAGUCGUCCCAGUCCCAGUCGCAAUCCCAAUCACAAUCCCAAUCUCAGCCCAUCACGCACGAGCACAACGGGAAUGGUGAGCGGUUGGAGAACGACUACAAUGUGAUGAGUGCCAGCAUGGCGACGUUGACCACAGAUGCCUCGCAGUCGGCGCUGAUAAGUGAUUUUGCCUCGCUGCCAAUGCCACCGGCACCGCCUCCAUCGUCGCCGCCCCAAAUCGAGAUAGCGGAUGCCAGUGAAUCCAUUGCCAUGGCCACAGAAGUAGAUAAUCCGCUGGACAGUCACUACGGUGCCGUUUAUGCGGCUGCUUUGGCUGGUUCACUAACCGAUAAAUCUGCAGGAUCUGGACUGGGAGUGGUUGGUGCGUCUGUGGUGAAUGCCGGUGGUUCGCUGCCAUCGCAGGCUGCGGCUGCCACGGAAAUCCAGGAGGCCAUGAAGGAGAUACGUUCCGCUCUGCAGCGUGCUAAAACGCAGCCGGAAAAGUUAAAGUUCUGCGACGAAGUGCUGCCCACGGAUCCGGACUCGCCCGUUUGGGUGCCACGAAAAACAACCUCCGUCUCGGCGGUUCAAGUGGCGGAAGAGGAACCGGAUACGGAUCUGGAAACGGAUCGAUUGCUGGGUCAACAGCGGCACGACGAGCCAGACUUUUUCGCCGAUCAACCCCUGGCGGACAGCAAUGCCAACGAAGGAAACGAAAUCGCCAGCAAUGGACACCUCAAUGGCGCGGCGGACAACAACAAUCCGAAUCCAAUGAUUAAUACCAAGCCGCAGACCUACCCAACCGCCACGAUUCGACAGGGCAUUGGUACCUCACUGACGCCCAAUUCGCCGGACAUUUGCCAGAUUGUUGGCACGGCGGACAUCUCCAUUAGUUCCCCGGAAAAACUGCAGUUUAGCAAAAGUCCCACGGGAUCUAUCAAGUCGCUGAAGGAUUCGGCCAAUUCCGAUAAGAAGGCCAAGUCGCGCAACAAGGAGGGUCUCUUGGAACCCAAAGUUCUCAUUGAGGGUGUGCUAUUCCGUGCCCGAUACCUUGGAUCCACUCAAUUGGUCUGCGAAGGCCAGCCGACCAAGUCGACCAGGAUGAUGCAGGCCGAGGAGGCCGUCUCCAGGAUCAAGGCUUUGGCCCCCGAGGGCGAAAGCCAGCCGAGCACUGAAGUGGACCUGUUCAUAUCAACCGAGAAGAUAAUGGUGCUGAACACCGAUCUCAAGGAGAUCAUGAUGGACCAUGCGCUGCGUACUAUAUCCUAUAUAGCCGAUAUUGGCGAUCUGGUUGUGCUGAUGGCUCGUCGAAGAUUUGUGCCCAACAGCGUGGUGGAUCCAGCGACCGCCAGUCCCUUGGGCGAUGCCCCCAGUCCGGGAAUGGGCGAGGAUGAGUCGCCACCAAAGGAAUCGCUCAGCAAGCACAAUCGAACGCCCAAAAUGAUCUGCCACGUGUUCGAGAGCGAUGAGGCGCAGUUUAUAGCCCAGUCGAUUGGGCAAGCCUUUCAGGUGGCCUACAUGGAGUUCCUGAAGGCGAACGGUAUCGAAAACGAGAGCCUGGCCAAGGAGAUGGACUACCAGGAGGUGCUCAAUAGCCAGGAGAUCUUCGGCGAUGAGCUGGAGAUCUUCGCCAAGAAGGAGCUGCAAAAGGAGGUGGUGGUGCCGAAGGCCAAGGGCGAAAUCCUGGGCGUGGUGAUCGUGGAGAGUGGCUGGGGUUCCAUGCUGCCCACCGUCGUGAUUGCCAACCUGAUGAGCUCCGGAGCAGCUGCCCGUUGCGGUCAGCUGAACAUCGGCGACCAGCUGAUCGCCAUCAAUGGCAUGAGCCUGGUGGGACUUCCACUGUCCACCUGCCAGAGCUACAUUCGCAAUGCCAAGAAUCAAACUGCCGUCAAGUUCACCGUUGUGCCCUGUCCGCCCGUCGUCGAGGUGAAGAUCCUGCGACCCAAGGCCCUCUUUCAGUUGGGUUUUAGUGUUCAAAAUGGCGUGAUCUGCAGCCUUUUGCGUGGAGGAAUCGCAGAGCGCGGUGGAGUACGCGUUGGCCACCGCAUAAUUGAGAUUAACAACCAAAGCGUUGUGGCCGUUCCACACGAUACCAUUGUCAAGCUGUUGUCAUCCUCAGUGGGCGAGAUCCUGAUGAAGACGAUGCCCACGUCCAUGUUUCGUUUGCUCACCGGCCAGGAAACGCCUAUCUAUAUAUAAAUAUAUGCUACUGCUCACACGCCAGCGCUGGAAUCGAAAAACAAAACUAUAAAUUCGUCAACUGCAACACGAUCAGCUUUAUGAUUUAUUUAAAUUGAUUCGAAAAUAGACCAAUAUUCGGCGGUCGAUUAGCCUUUAGGUUGAUAAAUUGUUCAUGGACUUUUACAAAGUCUUUAUACAAGGAUAUUGUUAUUCAAAUGAUUAGUUCAUUUGGUAAAGAAUUUGAAAAUUGGUAAAUCCAUUUAUGCCUUAAAUGAGAUUAAAUUCUUAUCGAGAAAUCGUGCAACUGCCCAGAAUGGAUAAACUGCGAUGGAGAUUAUUAUUAUUCCGGUACAAUUGUUUUCUUUUCGGUUAUUAUACCACCUUUGUAUAUGAAAGACUGAAUUUAAAGCCAGUGCAAGUGUACGUGAGCAGUCAUUGUAAAGUAUUUGAAAAAAAUUUGUAAGCCCAAUGUCCCAAAACAAAAAAAAACCCCAACCUUCCCAAUAUUCCCUCGCAUCCAGUAGCUUAAGCAUUCGAUUGAAUUUACUUGCAAGCAAUUAUUUAUGAUAUGAUCUAAUCCAUUAUUUGUCAUGUAAAUUAACCGUACUUUAGUUCUUUAACUACAUUUAUAAUUUUCGAUAAAAAGAAACAAAAAGCAACACACCUUAUGCCAAAAAAGAGUUAGAUUUCGUUACACUUAUUAUUGUAUAGAGCCGUUGCGGAUGAUAAUUGCAAUACAAUUACCGAUAUUUAUAAUUUAAAAAAAAUAGCCUUAGAAAGACGAAGCCAUGCCUGCAAAACAACAAACAAAAUAAAUGCAUUUAAACGCGUCAGAAUUAACAAACAAAAAUGAAGCGCAUAUUGAUUCUAAUUGUAUAUGUCUGUACAAGAAAUCUGCACAUUUAUCGAUCGAUUAUUGCCAUAUACAUAACGAUAUAUGCUCGUACAUAAAAUAUGAUAAAUUUAAAGCGAAAACAAUAAGCAAAACAGCAAAAGUAAUACAAAGAACAAUAAUUUCAGCAUUGUCUAGUUUCUGUUAAGCGAGGGCAUAAAUGUAUAAGAAAGAGACGAAGCUACAUAAAAGACAGAAACGGCGCCACAUGGAGCGAAAGAGAGAGAGAGAGCUUAUUUUUGCAUACUUUAAAAAGCGACAAACAAAAGGCAAAUAAACCACAAAAGCAAAUAAUAAAAACCAUUAUGUAUACAUAUGUAUGUUAUUAAUCUAAAAGGACUAAAUGACUAAACUAAAAGAAUAUUUUAAAUAUUUCAAGUGCAGGUAACAACAAAAGACGCAAGCUAAUAAUAUUUAUAUAAAUAUAUUUAUAUAUAAUACUUCUGAACGCCAUUCAGAAGCGCAGGUGCAAACUUUUUGAAAAACACUGAAACACGCAGCCACAAAAAUUGAUAAAUACAUUUCUAAGCUACUCGGGACACGGCAACAACACUAAGGAACCCACUAAAGAACUCUCUGCUACUGCGCCUCUAACUAACUUCUUAAACCAAACACUAAUCGUAUACUACUAAUGCAAUUUAUUAUUAAUACUUAACACGUGACCGAUUACAAACAACAGCGAGAAACAAAAAUAAACUACAUUUAUACACAAAA